AUGGCAAAAACUUCUACCUGCAUAUACCACUUCCUCGUCACAAGCUGGUAUAUUUUCCUCUGCAACUACAUUCUCCAAUGCCAAAAUGAUCCACCAAAGGCCAAAAUAUUUGAAAACGGAGGCCUGUCAAAGUACCUGACAUUCCUGAAUCUGUUCUUACAGGCCAUUUUCUUUGGGAUCGCUAGCCUGGAUGAUGUGCUGAAAAGAAUUACAAGGAAAAAAGACAUUCCGUUCCUAACUGCCUUCAGAGACCUGCUUUUCAUCACAUUGGCUUUUCCUCUGUCCACAUUGGUCUUCGGGUUUUUCUGGACAAUCUAUCUGUAUGACCGAGAACUCAUUUACCCAAAGGCUGUAGAUGACAUCUUUCCAGAAUGGUUGAAUCAUGCAAUGCACACUUCCAUAUUGCCCCUGGUGCUAGCCGAGUUCUUCAUCAGACCACACUACUCCCCACUAAAGAAGAAAGGAGUCUCCAUUAUAUUGGGUGUUGGUGUUGCUUAUUCUGCCAGGAUCCUAUGGAUCUACCAUGAGACUGGCACAUGGGUGUAUCCUGUGUUUGCCCAACUCAGCCCAUUGGGAAUAGCGGUUUUCUUCUCACUCAGCUAUAUGUGUGGCUGCAUCGUCGCCCUACUUGGAGAGAAGUUCAACCACCUGAUAUGGGGCUUUGUGUUUCUACUAGACCCCCAGUUUCCUAAAGGUGAGGACUAUCUUAGCCAUCUUUAG